AUGUCCAGGCAGCUUUUGGAUGUUUCCAGGGAUGGAGACUCCACAGCCUCUGUGGGCAACUUGUGCCAAUGUUUAAUCACCAACACAGUGACAACAGGCAGCUCCACACCACCAUCCCAUCCCCCGUUUCUCACACUGAUGGGGAUCCCCGGCCUAGAAGCUGUGCAGCACUGGAUCGGCAUCCCCUUCUCACUCAUGUAUGCCACUGCACUCCUUGGAAAUGGCAUCCUCCUCGCAACCAUCCAAACUGAGCGCAGCCUCCACCAGCCCAUGUUCAUCCUCCUGGCCAUGCUGGCGGCCACUGACCUGGGCCUCUGCAGCACCAUUAUGCCCAAAAUGCUGGGCAUCUUCUGGUUUUCCCUUCGAGACAUCCACUUCAACGCCUGCCUCACCCAGAUGUUCUUCGUCCACACCUUCCAAGCCACAGAAUCGGGUGUGCUUUUAGCAAUGGCCUUUGACCGAUUUGUGGCAAUCUGCAAGCCCCUGAGACACUCUACCAUCCUCAGCAACCAGGUUCUCAGAACAAUUGGGAUUAUCUUGAUCCUCAGGCCAACAAUCCUCAUUGCACCAUCUGCUUUUCUGAUUAAGCAGCUGCGCAUGUACAGGAGCACAGUAAUUUCCCACUCCUACUGCGAGCACAUGGCCGUUGUGAAGAUAGCAGCCGGUGAUGUCUGGGUCAACAAGGUUUACGGCCUCUUUGUGGCAUUCAUAAUCCUGGGCUUUGACCUAGUGUUGAUUAUUGUCUCCUAUGUCCUCAUUUUUAGGGCUGUCUUCCAGCUGCCGCAGCGGGUGGCACGACUGAAGGCAAUGCACACCUGCACGGCCCACCUCUGCGUCUUCCUGGAGUUCUACACCCUGGGCUUCUUCUCCUUCCUUGCCCACCGCUUCGGGCAUGGUGUGUCCCCCUAUGUCCACAUCCUCCUCUCCAGCUUCUAUCUCUUAGUGCCCCCCACACUCAACCCCAUCAUCUAUGGCAUCAGCAACACAGCCAUCCGCCAACGGGUGCAGAAGAUGAUAGGUCUCAAGGCAUAA